AUGGACAAGGACGAGAAAGUCAAAGACGCGAUUCCUGACUGCGGGGCCAAUUUCAACACCAACACCUCCGCAAAUGGCAAGCAUGGAAUGACCAAGUCAGAGCUGGCGCGCGCAAACAAGCAGAAGAUAGCGGACAGAGAGAGGGGGGCUACCCAGGACGAGCGCGUUGAGUUUGCGGGAUUGGAUAUGGAUGCAGCAUGCGAGCAAUUCGAGGAGAAGAUGACUUCCCGCGGUUAUCGGCCCUUUGUCGACCAGAGUGGCUUCAUGUACCUCUUCACACUGAUAAGGGAGGAUAUAUUGAAGAAUCGGCUUGAGAAACAUCGGAUCAAGGUGCGCUAUGCACCCGACUUCGCUUCCCAGCACGAUACCAAGUCCUCAAUGUACCACCAAGCCAGCGAGGGGAAGCAUCAGGGACCAAGAAAAGGCAAGGUUUUCAGACCCUCCGAAGACCCUGAAUCAAACUCCAGACUUCCAUUUUGCCCAGUGCCGCUGUACUUCUUUCCCAAGCCAUACCCAUUUUCGCGGAACCCUGUCAUUGGAAGUGCCCUGCCUCAAGACCUCAGGCCCUCAAACCCCAAACUUCGUGUGCACAUUCCCGACCCAUAUGCUCUGAGCCUACAGCUUUUUGAGUCAGAUUUAAUAUCGACUGGUCGCAGAUCCACCAGGCACACCUCUUCCGCUUCGGUGGUCCCACAAGCAGGAAGCCGUCGAAACGUGAAGACAUAUGCAUGCUAUUCGAUCAACACGCGAUCGGGGAUGAUCUGGAUACAGACACUGGCUCCCGUCGGCAGCACGUUUGACCUGGCUUGGGAUAUGUUCUGUAAGUUCUUCAACAUGAGGGUGGGUGUUGAGUGGACGGAUGUCUAUGAGGGGUGGAAGAAAGGCAUCCACUGCGUACAACCCUUGAGCGAGAAACCACUUGGUGAGGACGGAGCAGAUGAUGGCGAGGGCUUCCGUGGCUCAAAGCCAUCAGCGCUACAGUUCCGUGAUGGACAAGAUGAAGCAGCGGUCGAGUCCAUUGAAACCAGGAGUAGGAAGCCUAGCGUUACGGUGCUGAUGAAUAUGCAUGAGCAUAUCAUGGAUGAACGAUUGGAGGUUCAGGCGAAGACUCCAGAAAGCGGAUGGUGAAGUAAUCCUGGCCAUCGAGAUAUGCUGAAAACUGUCCACCAGCGAUUGUCAUGUCAUGCAAGACGACUGCUGCAUAACAGUACAGUGACAUCGACCUAUUUC